UGACGUCAAAUAUUCAACAACAAAAGUCAAUCAAGAUCAAUUUUUCAAAAUGGCGGCGCCCACAGUCAUCUUGGAUAACGGUGCUUACCACGUUAAAAUUGGACUAGCAUCUGAUAAAGAUCCCAGGCACAUACCAAACUGUAUCUCCAAGUCUAAAAGUGAGAGGAGAAAGCAGUUCAUUGGUAACCAGAUCGAGGACUGCAGAGAUCUUUCCGCACUCUACUACAUGCUUCCGUUUCAGAAGGGUUACCUUGUAAACUGGGACGUGCAGAGGCAGGUAUGGGACUACAUGUUUGGCAAAGAGCUCCUGGGACUGGAAUGCCCAGACACGACGGCCGUUGUCACAGAACCAUACUUCAACUUCUCGUCCAUCCAAGAGGCUAUGAAUGAAAUCUUCUUUGAGGAGUACCAAUUCAAGGCCUUGUUAAGAAUAAAUGCGGGUACCCUGAGUGCACACAAGAGAAAGUCUGAAAAUCCCGAGCACCGAUGUUGCCUCAUCGUAGACAGCGGAUACUCCUUUACCCAUAUAGCACCUUAUUACAACAGCCAGAAAGUAGCAGAAGCGAUAUUCAGGGUCAACGUGGGGGGUAAACUCUUGACCAAUCACCUGAAGGAGAUCAUCUCGUACCGUCAGCUGCAUGUCAUGGAUGAGACGUACGUCAUGAACCAGGUCAAAGAGGACGUAUGCUACGUGUCAUCCCAGUUCUACAAAGAUAUGGAGAUUGCCAAGUUAAAAGGAAAAGAAAACACAGUUUGCCGAGAGUACGUCCUUCCGGACUUCCACACUGUUAAGAGGGGCUUUGUGAAAGAAGACGGUAGCAAGCAGAAACCCAACGAACAGAUUGUCCGCAUGAACAAUGAGCGUUUUGCUGUCCCGGAGAUACUCUUCCACCCCUCAGACAUCAGUAUACAAGAGAAGGGGAUCAGCGAAGCCAUCGUCCAUUCCAUUAGUGCUACACCAAAAGAGAUGCAUCCCCACCUUUACCGUAACAUCGUCCUGACCGGCGGCAACUGUGCCUUCCCUGGGGUCAAGGAGAGGGUGGAGAAGGACGUCAGGUCCCUGGCCCCCGUCGAGUACGAUGUCCAAGUCACGCUUCCACCAAACCCCGUGACGUAUGCAUGGGAAGGAGGGAAGACGAUGACAGAGUCCAAAGAAUUCUCCAAGCUGACCGUCUCCAAGAAGCAGUAUGAGGAAGAAGGCCAGAACAUCUGUUUUGACAAAUUUGACGUCUGAUGUCGAUGUUUAGUUUCAAAAGGACUUAAAUCCUGUAUUUGGAUCGAUUCUUGUGGAUGUAAUGUACAUGUACAUGUAUCUGUUCAUGGUUUGAUAUAUUAUGCUCAGGAAUUCAGUGUUGCAAGAAGGCCAGAAAUAUAAAUGCUUUGAGGAAUUUCCUGUCUGAUGUCAACGUAUUGAACAAAUUUGAUGUCUGAUGCCAACAUUCAGUUUCAAAAGGACUUAAAUCCCGUAUUUGGAUUCUUGUGGAUGAAAUGUACAUGUAUCUGUACAUGCCGGUUUAAUAUAAAUGCUAAGGAAUUCAGUGUGGCAAGAAAUGUAAAUGUCUUGAGGAAUUUGUUGUCUGAUGUCAAACAUAUUGAACAUUUAGUGUCAAAAGGACUUUGGAGCAGAUUGUGUUUGAACUCUUUGGAUACAUGUAUAUCCCUACAUGACCAUUAAAGUACACAGGAUUUACGUUUUUGCAGAGAGGUCAGAUCAUCCGUUUUGAAAAAUUUGAUGUCUGAUGUCAGCCAUUCAUUUUUAACAGGACUUUACACAUCCUGCAUUAGGACCUGCUGAAUGUGCGUCAGAAUCCAGCAAGAAAGAUGGAACAUCAGUUUUUAGAUGUUUAAUGUCAAUGAUGAAAGGACUCUAAGCUGUAUUUAUACUUCUCAUAACCAGCAUAUUUGUAUAAGUUUUUGAGCAUCUCCUUCAAAUGUGUCCAGUAACAUGUUUUAACGGGAUCGGGAUGUCCACAGACUUUAAUAAUUGCACAAUAGUUUGGAAAAAUUGGCCCCUACUGCACAGAUUAAACUUGCUGAAUUCCCCCCUACCUCCAUGUGAAUUUGCCUAUGAAUAAAAGGUACUUAAAACCUGUCAUUUUGAAGCCAACUUAAGGCUACUUGUCUACCUAACUAUUUCAACUACACCUCACUGUAUUUACUUCUUAUCUGUGCGCAAGAGAAAAAAAGCCUUGUAGAAUCCCUCCAUAGUAGUCCCUAUCCAUGUUUUGCUUUAGUGGAUUUUAUAAAGACUAGUUUGACUGUCCGACCAGUCUUCAAGACCAUAGCGUGUUAAUGCUCUUCUGUCUUGAAAAUAGACAAUAUCGUCUGUAGAGAGCCGAAAAUGGCGUAAACUCUGUAUUCAAGCAGGAGUUAACACACUUCUGGCUCUCAACAAACAAUACUUUUGUAUGAUGAUGUGUACAUAACUGCAUUCCUUGUAAAUAUAUUUCGUAAUAAACACACAGAAUAAAUGAUCAAAUGAUUUCUUUACUUUAUUGCGGGUACAUAUGGAGUGUUAAACAUUGAUACACACACGAUUUUACACUUGACAAAAAUACAGUAUACACAGUGCGAGAGGAUUUGGCAAGCUUAUUCAACAGAUAUACAUGUAUAUAUAUAAAUUUACAGUCAAAAUUAUGCAGUUGAUUCAAAGAUAUUAUAUUACUAUUCACAUGAUACUACUAGACUACUGUUUCAUAAUAAUAUU